AUGGCAGGAGUUGAGAGCGUUCAGAUUCGACUUACGCAAGAGAUCUUUGAUAAGGCUUGCUGCAACGCAUGCUUCAUUGAAGAGAAUGGACGGUCCACACUGGCCGACUAUCUUUUCCAUUGGUUCGCGUUCUUGGUGGGACUGCAGCCCAACGAUGUACAUUGGAUAGCGGAGAUCGCGCGUGAUCGUGACUAUUUGGUGAGAUGGGCUCUCGAGAGGGGCGAAAAGCCCUGCAAAUUUCAAACCAUCACACCACCGUUUCAUGCUAUGUACGGCCUCGCCAACACAGCCAAAGUCCUCACCAGUGAUUUGCAAUUGGUGGCGGUGUCUUUUUCAGCUGAGUGCAUUGACCCAAUCAGCUUUGAGUGCCCCGGAUAUGCUUAG